GCCAGUAGACUCCACGCGCUCGCGCAGGACGCACGUGUUCUGACUUAGCUCCGCCCCGGCACGACCCAACUUAACCUACAAACCGGGUAUUACCGUACCAGGAACGUAUGUACUACACGUUAGGUUGUAAUUUUAACCCGAGUGAGAGGGAACCUAUCGAGCGUGACUAACCAACCCUCGCGUCGAUGCGUCGCGACAUCGUCGCCGAACGUUCCCUCUCGACGCCGGUAUUCCGCAGUGGAUCGUGCGUCGUGAGAUCAUGUAAUCGAUUAUCGAGACUCUUGAAAGGAAUCGAGGACCAGUCGAAGCGAACCCACGGGCGUCCGUCGCAAUUUCAACGCCGAGACCACGGAAGUCGUCACGACUAGCUUGUUCACUGAGACGAAAUCCGCGCCACGCGCCGUCGCCGAUCACGUGGUGCGCUAUUCUAUCGACCACCUUGCGUCGAGCGCUCUGAUUGGGUGGCGCCUGACCACGUGACCCGCGGCCGUCUCCUUCGACCGCCGUCGGCAACCUUCGGCUAUCUUCGGACGCCUUCGACCACCGUCUGCUGCUGCCGAACGAACUCAAGCGGACUCCUCAACGGACCGCGUAGGGUCGCCGAGGGAACAAAGGAUUCCGUGGAUUACAUUUUUUUUUGUACUGCCACUUGGUAGCGUGUCUCCGCCACUGCUGGUUAUCGAGGUGACAUCCUUCAACUCAUGAAGUCGAUAAAGCUCAGCCCGUGGCAAGUCGUCCCGGGACUUCGUCAUUCAGUCAGAACGACUUAGAACCGGCUUUACGACGGCGGUUUGACAGAUCGCCUCCACGUAUUUCUUCGUUGACGUUGCGACGACGCUUCUCUACUCUCCAGGAGCAUCCUGAAGGUUGGAAAAUACUCUCGAAGUGACUGUGAAGUUGUUUGGUGAAGUGUCAUCAUCGUCUACGCGUCAUAUUCACUGAUCUCUGUUGUAAAUUGGGAUCAUUCGGAAGCGAUUACUGACGACACAAGGACUCUGUCGUGUUGCACACGUUCCGGAUCUUAUACUCGAAGAGAGAACUCGGGAGAUCAGAGGGAUUUUCUGUUAGAUAGAGACCCAUUGGGUAUAUCGACUGUACGAUGUACAGCAUGAACUACUUUGGCAAGUUCCUUAGUAAUUUUAGAGACUUCUACAAUGAGAUCAAUGCUGCGACGCUAACCGGAGCUAUUGACGUGGUCGUGGUCGAGCAACCAGAUGGAUCCUUCGCUUGCUCCCCUUUUCACGUUCGGUUCGGCAAGCUGGGUGUAUUACGAUCCAGAGAAAAAGUGGUUGACAUUGAGAUCAAUGGAGAACCAAGACAAAUUCAUAUGAAACUGGGAGAUUCUGGAGAGGCAUUCUUUGUUCAAGAAGUAGGUUCCGCAGGAUCACCAGCAGAUUCUGAGAUACCACCACAUUUGGCUUGUUCACCAAUUCCUGAUGAUAGUUGUUUUCCUCCAUCAAGAUUUCAUCUUCUGUCUGAUUUACCUCAAGAACAUCAUGAAAAAAUUUUAAGAGAUUCCGUACUGUCGAUAGAGCGUGAGAAAUGGGAUCAAAUGUGUGCAUUGCCACCCGAUCAGCGGGAGAAGUUUUUAAUCGAACAAUUUGCCGAUCUUCCCGAGGAACAGCGUGAAAAGUGGCUGCAAAUAGCUUCCCUGACCAGUGAAGAGCGAGAGAGCAUCUUUCGAGAAAGUUUUGGUACGAUUUCUACUUUGCAAAAGCAACAGAUGAUUCGUGAACAGUAUUCUGCCUUGAAAACUGAAGAAAAAGAGAGACUGUUUAAAGAGAACUUUCCUGAACUACCAGUAGAGCAGAGGCAAAAGUUCGAAAAGGCACUGCUAAGUGACUGGCAAGAAAAUGACAAAUGGGAAGAAGGUAAGCCACUUGUUUCAAAGGGUGAGGAGGAAGAUAUUUUCAAUAUGGAAGGGAUCAACGAGGAUGAACCUCGAAUGACUGUGUCAACGCCGAAAUCUUUUGUUGCUGUUACUUCAUCCGAAAGAAUUCGGAAAAUUAGCGUCGUUAAUAAUGAUUUUCGUCCUAUUACGGAAGAUCCGCAAAAUAGUAGCAAGGAGAAAUCUAGCGAUGAAUCGAAUUCAUUUUUGGCUAAGAAGAGUUUAAAAGAUGAAGUCAUAGAGGAACCUAAAGUUGGUAAUGGUUCAAAGCGGAAGCGAAAGAGGAAGAGUGUCACAAAGAAGAAAGGUGCUCAGAGGAAAGCUAGCAAUGGCAGCAGUAGUCAAACCGAGAUGAGCGAAGCUGAUAGUGUACCCGCUGAAGAAUCUCAAAGUGAACCUGCUUUCAAGGGACCGAGUCCAAUUAUUGAAGUGGAAACGAAAAAUGCUUCGGAACCAUUAACUCCAUCAACAUUCGUCCAGGAACCCCACCGAGAGACAGAUUUUCAUUUCUUUAGUGACACCGAAGUUACCAAGAAUCGAGAUUCUAGACCGUGUUCGCCAGUACAGUCCGAUACGGAAUUCGAAAUGCGCAAAAUUACACAGGAAGAUGAGGAGAGGGAUGGCGAAAAAAGUCAUCAGCAAAGCUGGAGAUGGGGAGAAUUACCAAGUCCUCCGCCCGAGUCGAGUCAUUCUUCCCAUAGAAACUCGAUGAAUUCUUCAACCGCCGUAACACAAUCGAACGAUACAGAGGCACACCGAUCUAUGCUCAGUGGCAUGUUCUCCUUUAUGAAGAAGACUUCUCGUGUAAGACACAAUCCAGAGUCAGAAGGAAUUUAUCUGAGCGACCUUAAUGCCGAUGAACUGGAUCCCGAAGUCGCAGCUUUGUAUUUCCCUUCGUCCCAUCGUGGAGCAGCGGUUGCCAAAGAAGCAAAAAAUGUGGACGAGGAAGAUACGGAGUCCGGCAAUGGUCCAAGUUUGCCGCAAAGCCCGAACAGCGUUGAAGGAGCUAUUGGCGGUCCUAAAUCAUUGGACAGCGAUUUUGAGGAAUCAAAGAAUCCUGCAUUCGAUGGCCACAUCGAUGUAUCUCUUUCUCUGUGUGGAGGUGUGGAGACUGAAAACGGUCCAACCGAGGAUGCUUUCCACCAGAAUUUGUUACACUUCGAAGAUCUCUGCGCCGACCCUAAACUAUACGAGAAUCCAAAUUUAGUUGUGAAGAUUAAUGGGAAAUUUUACAACUGGGCAACCGCUUGUCCGAUAAUUAUGACUUUAGCAGUCUUUCAAAGACCUCUUCCGCAAUCAACUCUCGAGAGCCUUUAUGCUCACUACAUGCCGUUGCCUGUUCUUGAACCGAAGAAGCAGCAGAACAAGGUCGAAGGUCGCAGUUACAGUUCAUGGUUCUCCUGGAGACGUUCUAGUCAACCACCUCAGAAACCCCAGGGCUUAAGCGAAGUAGAUGGAUCUACUAUUCCACCUUCCGAACAAACUUCUGACGUAAAAGAGAUGACCAUAGAAGAAAGUACAACCGUUGAUAUGGAUACGAAAGUCGAAGAAACUCUUGUCACGAUAGAGACGUCAGAACAGACUUGCCUUCCUGACUCAGAACUUCGAAAGACUGAGAAAGACAGGGAAGGAGAAGGGUAUAGCGGAAGCGAGGACUCUGAUAGUAAUCAGAAUGAGACGCAAGGCGUUAAGAUACCGAUUGAGAGGAGAUCGUAUUACGAAUCCACUGAAAAGUACCGAAAAACUCUUAGACUAUCAUCGGAGCAAAUCGCCAGCUUAGGAUUGAAGGAAGGCGCCAAUGAAGUAGUAUUCAGUGUAACUACAGCUUAUCAAGGAACUACAAGAUGCAAGUGCCACAUCUAUCGUUGGCGCUGGGAUGACAAGAUCGUUAUAUCUGACAUUGACGGGACGAUAACGAAAUCCGACGUUCUUGGACACAUCCUUCCUAUUGUCGGGAAAGAUUGGGCGCAGUCUGGCGUUGCUCAGCUUUUUACGAAAAUCAAGAACAACGGGUACAAAUUGUUGUACCUAUCUGCCAGAGCGAUCGGGCAAGCUAGGGUCACCAGGGAGUACCUAAAGAGCAUUAAGCAAGGCGACCUUUCUCUUCCCGAAGGUCCGUUGCUUUUGAAUCCGACGAGCUUAAUCUCGGCAUUCCAUCGUGAAGUAAUUGAGAAAAAACCUGAAGAGUUUAAAAUAUCUUGCCUGAGUGAUAUUCAGGCUCUUUUCCCCGAGGACUCGAAUCCGUUCUAUGCAGGAUAUGGAAAUCGUAUUAAUGACGUGUGGGCGUAUCGAGCUGUAGGCAUUCCCAUAAUGCGAAUUUUCACCAUUAAUCAUCGCGGUGAAUUGAAGCAUGAGUUGACUCAAACAUUCCAAUCUUCGUAUUCAAAUAUGAGCUUUAUAGUGGAUCACCUCUUUCCGCCAUUGAGGGAGGAUGCUUCCGAUGAGUUCAGCAGUUUUGCAUACUGGCGAGAACCGAUCUCCGAGUUGCCGAAAUCUGAGGCGCUCAGUGCCGAAACUCAGGCGACCCAAUAAGUAAUGCUUACAAUUGGGUAAAAUAAUCCUCUUGCUCGUAAUGCGAUAAUGGUGAUUGUCCUCUGUAGCUAACUUUUAUACUCUACGUACGAGCAUAGUGUUUCUUGGCUGGUGCGACAAACCGAGGUGCUUUUUUAUGAAAGGAAGUCGCGCACAGAGACGAUUUCCAUUUAUAUAUUAAUUUACUUAAAUGAUUGUCUCAUUUGAUCGAGUGGUAUAACUUUAAAGAGAGAUGCAGAUUACUUUGAACUGUGAUGAACGAAGGAAAAAAAAAAGUACGAAAAGAGCCGGAUGCUGCGACAAAUGUCGAUGAUAAAAACGUUGCGGUCUUUAUAAACGCGUUGGGUCCUUAAUGAUUAAAUCGAGAAUGACUCUCGACACACAUGAUACAUGUUUGAAUUAGAUGUUAAAUUUUGCGACGUUUUUUUUUCCAUCUUAUUCAGGGUUUUGUUCUCAUUAUUUUCGCACCAGCCAUUGGUCGCAUUGUGCCUAGAAGCUUAAUGCAUUGCAAUCGGUCUUGCGAGGCGAAUUAUAGCGUACCGCUUAUAUGCAAACUUGUAAAACGUAAAAGUAAUCGUGGAGCACCUGAAUCAAUUUUUUUUAUGGAAUUGGAAAUAGAUUUUUUUUUUCUCUCCCUCGGUUAAAGUACGAUUGAUAGGAAUUAUUUAUCGAAUUGUUUGCAUGUAAGGUUGGUUUGGUCUGCGGUUGGGUAAUUUGUACCGAUAAUUCCCAUGAGAGAUUACUUCACGCAUGUGACGUCUGAAGAGGGAAGAGGUGAAGAUUUCGACCGUCAUUUCUAUCGAAAUUAAUAUGUGAUUACCACAUUGUCAUUGUUAGUUGGAUAAGCUUCGAUUGUCAACUCGUUUAGAUAUGGAACACCUAUCCGAUGUCCAUUUUAAUUCGAAAGAUUAAUAUUUAUUUUUGUACCAGAUCUCGAUUUAGUUGGCGUGCUGUUGUCAAAUUGCCAUAAAUGUAGACGAAUGUCAACGCUUGAAAUGUGAUAGAACGAUGUCGUACUUUCGCGGUGAUUUUCUUGUAUACACGGUAAUUAAUUUAAAGUACUAGUGUUAAUAGUUCAACGCGUUAAAAGAGACGGACAGGAAUGUUGUACCGAGAACUAAUUACAUGUACGGAGAAUUGUCGUGUAUACCAGAGGUAAUUGCAUCAAUAUCUCCGGUGAAUUACAAAUUCCAUGAUAAACUGACAGAGGUAUCGAUGCAAGUUCUGCACUAUAGAUUAUGCUAGUUAUUCAAUAUGACAAUUUGGCAGCCCUACUGAAUGAUUGUCUAAUUCCCAUUUUGUACUUGGCAUCUUACUUUAGAAAAUCGGGUCUUCAAGAUAGAGGUGUAUGGGAUUUCGUUAUUGUAGAUAAAUCUCUAAUGUAUUUUCACCUCCCUUGAAUGUUGGGUACGUAAGGUGUGUAUUUAUUUGAUUGCGAUUACCUUCGAGGUUUGGCAAUAACUUUAUAAGACGUAACUCUUAAUGUUCCUUAACAUAAAGGUAUAAUUCUCGGAUUUGGAAGAGACUGGUUUAAUUGAGGUCUCAAUUUCUGUAGAUACUUAUUUUUCUAAAGUGAAAUUAUAAUUGCGUCGUACCAAAGAAUUUCUUCUUUUUUUUUUUUUAUUACCGUUGCGUUUAGGUACGCCAUGAAAAAUGAUUCAUUCAUUUUCCUUGUACGAUAUAACAAUGUCAGGAUAUAUGGAAGCUAAUUUGCAGUACUAUCGAUUGAAGGCUCGAAAGAUGUGUACCGAAGAAAGACGAUGAAGACAUUUCAUAUUAUAAUUCUCAUUGAUAUAGCAAAUGCUAGGUUUAUUAUCAUUUUGUAAAGUGUGUAUAUUUAUACAUAUAUAGUAUAAAUUUAGUGCGUUAUAUAUAUUAAUUUCUGUGAAAUAUAUAACGUAUUUAUUUUAUAAUAAUAUUUUAUCUUUUGUUAAUCAUAUUCGGUAAAUAAAUUUAGUUCCUUUGUAGCUUUAUUUGUUUACGUUUUUAAGUUAGGAAUACUGUUAUGCCAUUAUUGAGUAUUUCAUAAGGUGCACAUAUAACAUGGAAUAAGAUUCAAAAGAAAUUCGAAUUACACACUUAUUCUUUCCAACUAGUCAUUAUUGUAUGUGUAACUAAAUAUGUAAUACCAAAUCACAAGUGAGGGUUGUGCUUUCAACGCAUUCUCGUUGUUCUACACACUUAUUUAGUUUAGCGAUUAUUAGAAAGUGAAUGUUGAAUUGAAGAUGAUUCACUUUGAUUUUUCUUUUCUUUCGAAAUACCUAUAAAAUGUAAAUCAAGAUUUACUUAAGUCGGAUUUGUUAUCAAAUUUCAUCUGUUACUAAUUACUACAUCGAAUGCGCAAUUAUGAUCUCACUUAAUUUAAUGUAUAAUGGCAUUAGGAUAUGAUUUAUUUACAAUGGAUGAAAUAUUUAUGUUCACCUUCCAUACUAUAAAAUGUAAUCACACAUCUGCGUAGCAUUCGUACGUUCAUAGUAAACAAGUGCUCAACUAUUUAGUCUUCAAAGCUCGGCAUGUAAACGUUACCCUUUUACACGAAAUCGCGCAUCGUUAGAGCCUUCUAAUGCUAAAAAUCAUUUGAUGUAACGGUGGUAUGCUUUGUAGUCUUCAUAUAUUUCUUGGAAUAAAGUAAAUGGCAUAAGA